AUGGAAGAAGAAUAAUAAAUCUUGAAAUACGGAGACAAUAUUAUUCUUAGAUGCAUGGUAGACAACAAGAUAUACUAUCUACUUGCUCGAAAUGAACAGUACCUUAUGGAGACUAGGUUGUAAUUAGGUAACUCUUGCACCUUUAAUAUGUAUAAUUUCCCUCAACAUAUGGUGUUCACUGUGUUUCCCAAACUUUUGUACGAAGCCCAAAAGAAAUACAAUUCCGACUAGUAGUUUGGAGCCUCUUUGGACUUUUAGAAGCAACUCCUUUAUACGAGAAUGGAGACAGAAAAAAAAUAUAAUCAGAAUCUUUUGAAGUAAACUAAGGGACAAAAAAUCAUGUAUGGAGAUACAAUAAUGCUCUACCAACCAUUGAGUUAAGUAUUUUUGUUAAGAGCAGAAAAUAAUAAUUCAAAUUCAAACAUAGGAACCAUUUUGAGUUCCUCAAUGUAUUUUACAGUUCAACCUGAUCCCUUGGCAUUGGACAUCAAAUAAGGAUGUCCAGUCCAUUCCUUUGAUCAAUUUCUCCUUGUUUAAAGUGACACCAUCUUAAAAUUUGACACCCUCCAAGAAAUUUAUCGAUUGCCUGAAGUUGUGAAAUCUCACAACCUUGAUCACAACAAUCAAUUUCUAACUAUCCCAGCAAUGAUUGAAAAUCAAUACCAAUUUAAAUUCUACAAGGCCCAAUACAGACAAUUUGCAACAGAUUCAAAGGAAUCCAUAAGCCAUAACACACUCCAAGCAAUAGUAUUAAAAUAAGACAAAGAUAAACUCCAUUUGUUCUAUGGUUAGUAUGUUCGAAUAGUCCAUAUGUAAUAAAAAAUAAAGAAGGAACGAUAGGAAUCACGAGUAAGGUCAAUCAAAAUAGAGGACGCUCAGGAAAAUUAAAUCAAUAAAGGGUAUUUGACAUCCUCAAUCAAUGCUGUUGGAUGCUAUCCUUAAGUUUAUCUGUAGAUAAAUGAUGUCUAGAAUGCAGAUUUAAUCGAAAAGGCAGCAUCCAUUUUCUAGAUCUUGCCAGAGAAUGAUCAAAAAUACAGUGAUGAAAUUUAAUUUAAUGUUGGUAAUAAACCAAAUUUGGUGGGUUACACAACAUUUUUGCUUCGACACAUGUUGACAGGUGAGUUCUUAAGAGUCAAUCCUUUUGAUAAUAAACUAUAAUUGUCCAAAGAAAUUAUCAAUAAAUAUAGACAAAUUAAUUCUAUGUCAUCUAAAAAGCUAGAUGCUGUAAAAUAAACUGAACCAAAAUCAACCACAUAAAAAAACUUACCAGGAAUUAAAUUAUACAGAAAUCUGAUGAAUUAACAAAAUAACAAUGUUUAAAAUAACAUCCCAAAUCAAUAAGAUGAUCGCUUUGCAACUCAAUACUAAUAAACCUAAAGUAAUUAGGAAGAAGUUGAUUAAGAUUCUUGUUUAGCAGAUCAUCAAUUACUUUUUGUUACUAAAUUAGGCAAUAAUCCCAUAUUCUAUAAAGAUUAAUUGCCAUUCACCAAUGAUACCACUUUUAAUAUUGCCACAAAGGAUGGGAAAAGUCCAAUUGAAGUUGACAACUAAGAAGAGGGUGGAUAUCAAGUUAAAUUAAUUACUAAAUUGGGGAUGUUUAAUCAAUAUGGCGAAGAGAACGUGGAGUAAGCCUUGUAUAGAUAAUUGCAUGAAGAGUGGACGACUUUGAUCCCUGAUUUGGAUUCUUUUAUGAAGAAGAACAAAUAUCAAUUAUCAGCUUAAGAAAAGUAAGUUCUUGAGUUUAUAGAGUACGAAAAGAAGAGACAAGCCAAAAACAAGGUUGAUAUGCGACAUUAUAAGUCAGAUGAUGAAACUUUUAAACCUACUUUCAUUAACUUGAAUCCUCUUAAUACUAAAUACAUGGAUGUAUUGGCAUCUGAGGAAUUCUCAGGAUCGAAUUUCAAAUUUGAAGUUGUAGUCCAAAGUGAAAUUGAAGAAUUGAGUGAAGUCUUGGAUUUAAUGUUUCCUAUCAUUGCUUUAGCUAAAAACUCUAUCUAAUUGUCCACUUUAAAAUUCAAAUUCAAAGAUCUUAAAUUUAAAGAUUCCAAAGAAUAAAAAGAUCUAGCAUCCUAAUUUCUUAGAUGUCAGGCCCAAACCGUUUAAAAUGUAAAUCAAGCAGUUAAGUCUCUGAUUAAAAUUAUGUUAUGGUUGACUGCCAGUCAGGAAACACUGGCCUAAGAGAAUUUAAUCUCUGAACCUUUGGUAAGGAGACAAUGCAUUGCCAGAGAAAUCGGGUGCAUAGAUUAUGUGAAUAAAAUCAUCUAUGAAUUGAAUAUCAAUGGGUUAUUAUAUGAGGACAAAGAUUAAAUUAGACAAGAUGAGAUCUAAGAGGAAGUCUAAGAUGAGGAAUUGUUUUAAUAGGAUAUCAAUUAAUUAAUAGAUGCACUUUCCUCAUUUUUAUAAUUAGUAUGCAAGAAUUCCAGUGAUAAUUCUUUGUAUGUUGUUUAAUGGUAUUGUCUCUAUAAACAUAUCUUGCUUAGAGGACAAGUCAACGAUUUAAUGAGACUCGACAUCUUGAUUACACAAUUAUUCUAAUAAUCAGAUGUUAUGGUUUCCUUUGAAUUUGAAGUCACUCAAUUAUCAAAAGAAACCAAAUUUACAAACUACAACAAACAUGCAUUUAAUUUGUUAAUUGCCUUUUGUCUCUUCACUGAAUUUAGAAAGAAGGAGGGAAUAGAGGGCAUUAUAGAUCAUAUCUUUAAACAAAAUAAGAAUUCCAUAUUCUCCCAAUAUAUAUUUGAUGGCAACUUCCAAUCGGUGUUGAGAGAGAAACUCCAAGACUUCUCAAAAACAAUCAGAAAGUCUAUUGAAUCUAACAAUUCAAGCCCUAACCCAAUAAUGAUAGAUGGCGUCAAUCUCCAAAACAAAUAACAACAACACGAUUAUAUCAUAUCUUGUGUGAGGUUGGCUUCAGAAAUUUCUAAAUCAUCCCCAGCCUUGACUCUUAAGGAAAUUAAAACCUUAUUCCCCUUCUACACUGUAGCCUAAAUAAUCCAAGACAAUAGCAUUUCUUCAUUAACAAAAUCAUACUUUUUAGAGUUGUUUCAAAAUUCAUAUAUGGCCAAACACUUAAAGCCUUUGCCAAUGGCCCAAUUCCCUUAAUAUUUGAAAAUGGUUGUGAAAUAGAAUAAAGGAAAAGGAUUCCUGUCACUCUUUAGAAAAGAAGAGUAUGAGAUCAUUCUCUAUGCUUUUGCUCAGAAAAAGAUUUCUGAUGUCUACUAGAAGGUAGCAAAGAAAUACUUAGUCGAAAGUGAUAAAACUGUAGAUUUUUGGCUGUAUUUAUCUGACUUCAUUUCAAAUUUCUGGAAAACUAAAUCAAUUUAUGAAAUUAAAGGAAAUGAUCAUGUUUAUAUUAAAUAACUCAUUUUAACAUUUACAGAAUUUUUAAAGAAAGGAUUAUUUAUUGAAUAUCUCAGCAAUGCUCACAACUUCUAUAAUAUGUACCAUAAAUUCAUUGAAUUCUUGAAGAACUCAGUAGUAUCAGCUACUUUGGAAGAGAAGUACAUCAAACAUUAGUUGUAAGGCAAUAAAAAAUCAAAAGAGCAGAAACCUUUAGAAGUGAAGGAUUACUUGUUUGAAAGCACUGUAACACAAAGGAAAGUGUCUAGAACAACGACUUAUGCAAAGAGCAUGAUUUGGCUUGAUGAACUAAUUGAGAUUCUGAUUCUGCUAGAAUAGUUCUAAUAAUCAAGAAUGGCUGAUUAAUUUAUUAUCACAGAAGACAACUAAACCAUAUUUGAUGAUCUUCAAUACUUACAGAAGUUCGCAAAGGACAAAAAAUUGAGAUAAGCGAAGAGAGCUAGUUAUCACACAAGAGGGUAACCUUCUUAAAGUUAGCUUGGCCAGAAGGAUAUAUUUACAACACAAGAGUUGGCAACGAUGUUGAGAGAAAUAUAUGGGGGGUAUAAAAUAAACGGAUAUUUCAUUGGUUUACUUUUUGAUUGA